CCAGUUCAGGUUAUUGGCAGUAAAAUGGCUCCAUUAGGACUCAUCUUGGUCUCAUCAGCACUACUGGCUGGGGUCUGGGCAGCAGGACCACAAACAUUAAGAGUUACAACCAUCAAGGAAGAACCGUAUACAAUGUCUAAAGGAUCCGAACUGGAGGGCUUUUGCAUUGACCUGCUGUCAGCUGUUUCUAAGAAAUUAGAUUUUAAGUAUGAUAUUCAUAUUGUGAAGGAUGGUCGAUAUGGCAAAACAGAUGACAGCGGCAACUGGAACGGCAUGAUUGGAGAGGUUGUAAGAGGGGAAGCAGACAUCGCUGUGGCGCCACUAACUAUUACAGCUAAACGUGAGACAGCUGUGGAGAUGAGCAAACCCUUCAUGCAGACUGGCCUUAGUUUCAUCCUAAUAAAAGACUUGGCUUCAGAUGACUCGCAGUUCCUGAGCCUUCUUAACCUGUUCUCCACUGAGAUGUGGAUGGGUAUACUGGUCGCCUACCUGUUGACCUCUGUCUGUAUCUUCUUUGUGUCACGGAUAAGCCCCAGUGAAUGGGAGCAACCAGAGGAAGAAAAUAAUUGCUUCACGCUCUCACACAGUUUAUGGUAUACCAUGGGAGCACUAACUCUUCAAGGUGCUGGUCCUCACCCAAAGGCUCUUUCGGGAAGGGUCAUUACAGCUAUCUGGUGGCUGUUUUCAUUAGUGUUGCUUGCUUGUUACUUUGCCAACCUUAGUUUAUGGCUGCAUUCAGACAACCAGCAACUGUCAAUCAAGAGCUUUGAAGACCUUGCUAAUCAAAACUUGAUUGAGUAUGGUACCAUUAAAGAUUCUUCUUCUUUUGCAUUCUUCAAGAACUCAAUCAACCCCACAUACAACAGAAUCUAUGAGCACAUCAAGAAAGCUCAGAGCUAUUCACUCACUGCAGAAGAAGGUUUCCGCAAGGCUCAGAAAGGCAACUAUGCUUUCAUCGGCGAGUCUGUGUCCCUCGACCUGGCAGUGGCAAGAUACUGCAACCUUACACGUGCCCCAGAAAUCAUCGGCAUGAGGGGUUACAGCAUUGCUGCUCCUUUAGGCUCUCCUCUACUGAAAAACCUAAGUGUUGCCAUUCUCCAUCUGAGUGAGUCGGGCGAGCUGGAGUACUUCCGCAGUAAGUGGUGGGCUAGCAGUUGUGUGGCUAAAAAUGGCAAGAGUGCUCCACUGAAGCCCAGCAGUCUGAAGGGAAUCUUCUUAUUACUGGCACUCGGUCUGGGACUGGGGCUUUUCUUGGCUUUGAUGGAACUGGCUGCCAAAUCACGCAAAAUCGCUAACACUCAGCAGAAAUCCUGCUGCUCCGUGAUGUCAGCGGAACUCACUCAGCGCUUCAGAGGUGGAGAGGUGACGUCACCGGAAUCCUCUGAGAAAAGCAAAGCCUAAACCCCAUCAAAGCAUUGACACAUGUAUUUUACCACUUAAUCUAUUAAGUUCACAUCAAAGUUAUUCACUACUAACUAAACAGGGUGGGUGAAACUCAAAAAAAAAGUUUUUUGUUUUUCACACUUGCAUCGAAGAAGAAAAUAAAUUAUUCAGUGCAUUG